UGUACCUAUUUUGCCCUGGUCCUUGAUUGUGAGCUAAAUUCAAUGACCCUUUGGGGUCCGCUCAAGAGAGAGAAAGAUGAGAGAGAAAGAGGACUUUUUAUUGCUCCAGACGACGACGACGACUCAUUAAGGGUCUCAUGUAAAUGUUCAAAUCCAAAGCCUUAAUUUCACCUUACCUUCUUCGUGUUUCCAUUUCUGGGUUUUGCUUCGAUUCAGAUCUUUCAUCGUUUGUUCUUAGUUCAAAGUGUUUGAUCUGAGUUUAGCUGACUGGUUGAGCUUGAAGCUUCUUUUACAGCCAUAGGCACAUGACAACCGGUAUAUAAACUACCACGAAAUUGUUGAAGAGGCAUCGAGAUUUACCAUCGUUAGUUUUGAGUAAAAUGUCAUUCCGAAGUAUAGUUCGUGAUGUGAGGGAUAGCAUUGGGAGCUUAUCUAGACGGGGUUUCGAGGUCAAGCUGAGUGGUCAUCAUAGAGGAAAGUCCAAUGCAUCGUCAUUAAACGAUCUACAUGACCAGCCUCCUGUUGUUCAGAAUGGCUGCUGGGCUAACCUUCCACCUGAGCUGUUGUAUGAUGUCAUUCGAAGACUUGAAGAGAGUGAAAGCACAUGGCCUUCACGACGGAACGUCGUUGCCUGUGCUGCGGUAUGUCGUUCUUGGAGAGUUAUGUGCAUGGAGAUCGUUAAAGGCCCCGAAAUUUGUGGCAAGCUUACCUUCCCUGUGUCACUUAAGCAGCCCGGGCCGCGCGAUACGUCGGUACAGUGCUUCAUUAAGAGGGAUAAAUCCAGUCUAACAUACCACCUCUACUUGUGUCUUAGCCCUGCUCUGCUCGUCGAAAAUGGGAAGUUUCUUCUUGCUGCCAAGCGUACACGAAGAACUACCAGUACAGAGUACGUUAUCUCAACGGAUGCAGAUAACAUUUCGAGAUCUAGUAGCACGUACAUCGGAAAGCUGAGGUCGAAUUUUCUUGGCACGAAAUUCAUUGUCUAUGAUACUCAACCACCAUAUGCCGCUGCUCCGCUCCCUCAUCCCGGGAAAACUAGCCGUAGAUUUUACUCGAAAAAGGUCUCGCCAAAAGUCCCAACUGGCAGUUACAACAUAGCCCAUAUAAGUUACGAACUAAACGUCUUAGGCACACGAGGACCCCGAAGAAUGCAUUGUAUAAUGCAUUCGAUACCAGUAGCAGCUCUCGAUGCAGGCGGUACAGUUCCAGGCCAACCCGAGCUCCUCCCACCCAACUCCCUCGACGACUCGUUUCGGAGUGCAUCGUUCUCCAAGACACUAGAUCAUUCCAUGGAGUUCAGUAGUGCAAGAUUUUCCGAAAUCGGCCGGGCAGCAUUAGACGGCGACGGAGAGGGAAAGAUGAGACCUUUAGUUCUUAAAAACAAGCCCCCAAGAUGGCAUGAACAGCUGCAAUGUUGGUGUCUCAACUUUCGCGGGCGAGUAACCGUUGCAUCGGUGAAGAACUUUCAGUUGAUCGCCGCAACUCAGCCAGCUGCUGGCGCUCCAACACCGUCUCAACCAGGUCCUCCCGAGCACGACAAGAUCAUCCUACAGUUCGGGAAGGUCGGUAAAGACAUGUUCACGAUGGACUACCGAUAUCCGCUCUCGGCGUUUCAAGCCUUUGCAAUAUGCUUGAGUAGCUUUGAUACCAAAUUGGCUUGUGAAUAAAGGAAAGUAUCCAAAGCUGUUUUAUGCCUCUUUUUUUAACUUUUGGAUUUGAGUCUAUUAGUUGUGUUCCUCUUUGUGUCGUUUCAGGGUUAGGUUUUAGUGAAAUAGUUUGUUAUUGUUGGGGGCAUUUAUGUAAAAGUCAUAAUUGUAACAGCUCUUACAUGUGCAAACUCCAUAACUUUUCAAAGAAAUGAACACAAUCCCCUUUUUACCCUU